AUGUCACAUUCAGGGGUUCAUAAUACUUCACUCCGUCUUGUUUUGAGACUGGCAUGGCGUCUUCUAUGCCAGACUGCCUUGUUUCUCCUCUUCCACCAGCUUGUACGGAUGCCUCGCCGGCCUGGCUGCUCCCCUCCUCUCCUGCAUGAAGAAGAUUGCCCGCAUCUCCUGCCCGGUCUUCUCGACGCUCCCUCGAAGCCGGUGUCCCAUCAAUGCUCAAGCGGCCCGCCAAUAAACCGUUUGAGGCAAUUCGACGUCAGCAGCGUUGAGAGCUCCAGCCAGUUCCGCCGUGCCGCCCACAUCCAAAAGCGGGCCUCUGGCAUCAAUUACGAAGAGGAUUCAGAAAUGCAUACAGUUUUUAGCGGAAUGAAGCGCAAGCAUUCAACGCCUCCUUCGGCGUGGAAGACGCUUGUCUAUCAUCUGCUUCUUGCCGUUCGCAGAAGCUGA